GUUAAAGAAGGGUAGUGCCACUUCCUUCUUUCUAAUUCACUAGCACGACCUGCUCUUCGAAAAAGAACUUUCUCAGAUGAGCUCCUCGGGGCUGCUGUGGAGCUGUGCUUCUCAAGAACCAAAACCAGCCCUGUUACUCCUGAGAAAAGCCCUCGUCUGGCCUCAUCCCGGGGCAGGCCAGGCCUUCAUGCUUCUGUGGGUGUCAGUGCUGGUCCUGGCUCCUGUCAGUGGAAAAUCUGAAGCCGCGGCCAAACCCGUGAUUUCCCUCCAUCCUCCAUGGACCGUCGUCUUCACAGGAGAGACAGUGACCCUGACUUGUCACGUAUUGCACUUCCACGCUCCAGAGAAAAUAAAACGGUUCCUUUGGUACCUCGAGGGUAGAAUACUACGCGAAACCCCAGGCAACACCCUGGAGGUCCGUGACUCCGGACAGUACAGAUGCCAGACCCAGGACUCGCUCCCAAGUGACCACGUGAGCUUGACCUUUUCUUCAGCGAACCUGAUCCUGCAGGCUCCCCCCUUCGUGUUUGAAGGCGACUCUGUGGUUCUGAGAUGCCGAGCAAACGCAGAAAUCACUCUGGAUACCACGACACUGCACAGGCGGGGCGAGGUCCUGAGCGUCUCUGAUGAGAGUUCCGACUUCCGCAUCGAGCAAGCAAGUCUCAAAGAUAACGGAGACUAUCGCUGUUCCGGAUUUAAGAAUGGCUGCUGUUCCUACUCUUCCAACACGAUCAACAUCGAAGUCCAAGAGCUGUUUCCACGUCCCGUGCUGACAGCCAGCCUCUCACCGACCGUCUCUGGGAAGUCAGUGACCCUGACCUGCAAGACCCAGCUCCCUCCGCUGAGGUCGGACGUCAAACUCUGGUUCCGCUUCUUCAAAGACGACCACAUGCUGCAGUCGGGCUCGGAAAGCUUUCUGAAAAUCCCGACCCUCACCACGAGGAGCAGAGACCCGCCGUAUUACUGGUGCGAGGCCCAGAGAGGGUCUUCCGGCGUCUGCAAACAGAGCCAGAAAUCCCAGCUACGCGUGCAGAUUCCUGUGUCUCGUCCUGUCCUCACCCUCAGCCCCCAUGGGGCCUCGGUUCCUGAAGGACAUACAGUGACGCUUACCUGUAAAGCCGAGAGUGGCUCCUUCCCAAUCUUGUACCAGUUCCUUCGCGAAGAAGUCGUCAUCCAGAAAAUGGAGCCCACUCGGGGCAUAAAGUCCGUCAUGUCUCUGAGGGCAGAGCAUUCUGGAAACUACUACUGCACCGCGGACAACGGCCUGGGUGCCCAACGCAGCCUGCCCGUGUACCUCACUGUGACCGUCCCUGUGUCUCGUCCUGUCCUCACCCUCAGCCCCCGUGGGGCCUUGGUUCCUGAAGGACAUACAGUGACACUUUCCUGUAAAGCCGAGAGAGGUUCGCCUCGCAUCCUGUACAAGUUUUAUCACGAGAAUAUCAGCCUGGGGAGCAGGUCGGUCCUGUCUGCAGGAGGAGUGUCCCUCCGUGUCACCGUGACGGUGCAGGACUCUGGGAACUACUUCUGUACUGCUGACAAUGGCUUCGGGCCCCAGCGCAGUGAGGCCAAGAGCCUCUCUGUCAAAGUCCCAGUGUCCCGCCCCAUCCUUACCAUCUGGAGGCCCAGAUCCCAGGUCGUGGAGGGGGACGUGGUGGAGCUUUACUGUAGGGCCUGGAAGGGCUCUCCCCCCAUCCUGUACCGGUUUUAUCACGAGGACAACGCCCUGGGGAGCAGCAGGGUCUACAGCAGAGGAGGAGCGUCCUUCAAACUCCCCCUGUCCGCAGAACAUUCUGGAAAAUAUGCCUGUGAGGCCGACAAUGGCCUGGGGGCCUGGCGCAGUGAGACAGUGUCACUCGACGUCAAAGUCCCAGCGUCCCGCCCCGUCCUCACCGUCAGGACGCCCAGGGCCCAGGCCGUGGAGGGGGACGUGGUGGAGCUUCACUGCGAGGCCCAGAGGGGCUCUUCCCCCAUCCUGUACCGGUUUUAUCGUGAAGACAACGCCCUGGGGAGCAGCAAGGUCCACAGCAGAGGAGGAGCGUCCUUCAAACUCCCCCUGUCCGCAGAACAUUCUGGAAAAUAUGCCUGUGAGGCCGACAAUGGCCUGGGGGCCUGGCGCAGUGAGACGGUGUCACUCGACGUCAAAGUCCCAGCGUCCCGCCCCGUCCUCACCGUCAGGAUGCCCAGGGCCCAGGCCGUGGAGGGGGACGUGGUGGAGCUUCGCUGCGAGGCCCAGAGGGGCUCUCCCCCCAUCCUGUACCGGUUUUAUCGCGAGGACAACGCCCUGGGGAGCAGCAGGGUCCACAGCAGAGGAGGAGCAUCCUUCAAACUCCCCCUGUCCGCAGAACAUUCUGGAAAAUAUGCCUGUGAGGCUGACAAUGGCCUGGGGGCCCGGCGCAGUGAGAUGGUGUCACUCAACGUCACAGUCCCAGCGUCCCGCCCCGUCCUCACCGUCAGGACGCCCAGGGCCCAGGCCGUGGAGGGGGACGUGGUGGAGCUUCACUGUGAGGCCCAGAGGGGCUCUCCCCCCAUCCUGUACCGGUUUUAUCGCGAGGACGUCCCCUUGGAGAGCAGCUCGGCCCCCUCUGGGGGAGGAACGUCUUUCUACCUGUCUCUGACUACAGAACAUUCUGGAAACUACUCCUGCGAGGCUGACAAUGGCCUGGGAGCUCAGCGCAGUGAGGUGGUGCCACUCAGUGUCAUCGUCCCAGCGUCGCACCCCACCCUCACCCUCAGGGCGCCCGGGGCCCAGGCCAAGGUGGGAGACAUGGUGGAGCUUCGCUGCGAGGCCCAGAGGGGCUCUCCCCCCAUCUGGUACCGGUUUUAUCACGAGGACGUCCCCCUGGGGAACAGCUCGGCCCCCUCUGGAGGAGGAGCGUCCCUCAACCUCUCUCUGACCGCAGAACAUUCUGGAAACUACUCUUGCGAGGCCGACAACGGCCUGGGGGCCCGGCGCAGCGAGGCGGUGCCGCUCAGCAUGUCAGGGCUGACCGGGAGCAGAAGUGGCCCCAUUGCUACGGGUGUCACCGGGGGGCUGUUCAGCACCCUGGGCUUUGGGGUCGUGGCCCUGCUGUUGUAUUGCCGGCUCCCAAGGAAAGCAGGAGGAAGGCCGACCUCUGACCCCUCCAGGAGCCCUGCAGACUCCGACAUCCGAGAGCCCGUCUACCACAAUGCACCAGCCUGGCUGGAACUGCAGCCCGUAUACAGCAAUGUAAAUCCUAAAGGAGGAGAAGUUGUGUACUCGGAAGUCCGGAGGAUUCCGCAGGGGAGCAAACCUGCAGCGAACUCGGACUCCGUGUUAGGGCUCCUCCGGACCCACCUGCCCUCCCACGGCCAGGCCGCCAGCCACCGGCCUUCCGACCCCCCGGGCUCGUCUGUCAUCUACUCCCAGGUGAAGGUGGCAUGCCCCUCGGCCUACGUGGCUCCUCAAAGCUGAGUCCACACACACGCCCUGCAUCCCAAGCCAUCCUGGGGGCAAGGACAUCGGCAUGGGGUGACUUGAACGGGUCCAGGCCCCGUCCCCUGGCCUCUGCCCUCGGUGUGACCGGAGCACGGGACUACGGGACGCUGCCGUUUCCCAAGUGACAGCCCGUGCGCCUCGCGGUCUCUCUGUCUGGUGACGCGUUGCUCCCCCCGGGGCCAUCCCGUCCCCUGGCUUCCUUAGCGGGCUUCAGCCACAGUCCCUGUUCUGGGUCCCACUCCCAUGCACACGCCAGCCACUCCUAGUGGAGCCUGCUCCUGGACUUCGAGGAGGCCACCUGCCCCCUUCCUGUGGACACCCGUCACCUGUAGAGACCUCCACCAUAGACACCUGCUCCCCCUGGACACCCGCCCCCCCCCCGGACACCUGCUCCCCUGCAGUUCCUUUCUUCAGUGCUCUUCCGUCUGGUGGGGCUACCGUGGGACUCUACCAAGUGGGGACGGGCGCAGCUGGCUGUGGACCUCCACACCAUGGGGCUGCAUUUCAUGCCCCCCAUCUGCCUGGGACGUUAAGGCCAGCCCCCGACAGCAGGAGAGCUUCUCCCCUGCAUGCGGCCCACACCCCUGCCAGUGGGCUCACAUCCCCUUCCCGUGAGCCCUCCGGUGUGGGUGCAGGAACGCGUCUCACCUGCACAGAGCCCCUGUCGGGAGGCUCGCCCUGAUCCCCGUGAGGAGCCUGCACAUUCCGACAGAGGCACCUCAGAGCAUCGGGGGGACGGAGGAGGCCCGGCAGGUGGGAACCUCGACCGGGUUCUGGGUCAAGAAAAAGCCACAGGAGAAACUUCGGAGGCAGUUAGGGAAAACUGAAUAUGAACUAUAUAUUACUGAUACUAUUGAAUCAAUAACCUGGCAUUACUUUAAGAAUAUUUGAAAAUAUCUGAAAUCCCUUGAGGUGAUUCAGUAAACAUUUUUUCAUGUGCAUGUUA